ACCACUGAAAGAAAAGAGGUAGUGCAUGGCUCUGAAAUCAUUACAGCGCGAUCGGCGUUAAUUUAGACGAAAUUGUCAGAAUAUUCAGCUAGAUUUCAUGUUACUGAUUGCUAGAUUCACUGACUAAAUGCUAACGUAGGUUAUGUAAAGCAGGCGCUUUGAAUUAAACAAAUUUCUAGGCUAACUCCCAAACCGGAAAUACAGCUGUAUUUUCCCAGAAACGGAGAAGAAAGCUCGCCUUGAUCGUCCAAGUGCCAUGCCAGUUUCCCAGCCCUGAUUUCUCAUCCCAAACGCUCACGAUACUGCUGAGAUGUUGCCGCUACACGGAAAAGACAAUGAGUUCAAGCAAGGCAUCGGGAAAAGCCUGAAAAGAAAGAUUUCAAGCUGGAUUCGUGCAAUUUUCUCGGAUCCCACAUCAAGGAAUCUCUUCGCUUUCCUGACGCUGAACCUUUCCUUUGCGAUCGUGGAGCUUCUAUACGGAAUAUGGACGAACAGUCUCGGUCUCAUCUCAGAUUCAUUCCACAUGUUCUUUGACUGCACGGCUCUCCUGGCCGGUCUGGCCGCUUCCGUCGUCUCAAGGUGGAGAUCCAACGAGCACUUUUCUUAUGGGUUUGUACGAGCAGAAGUCCUGGCAGGCUUUAUCAACGGUCUCUUCCUGCUGUUCAUCGCAUUCUUCAUCUUCUCUGAAGCUGUAGAGAGGAUAGUGGAAGUUCCCGAGGUGCAUCAUGAGCGUCUGAUGGUGGUGUCCAUUAUGGGCUUCAUCGUCAACCUGGUGGGCAUCUUCGUGUUCCAGCACGGAGGGGCGGGGCAUGGACACUCACAUGGAGGUGGAGGCCAUGGUCACUCCCAUGCUAACGGUGGGGUCAGUCAUGGUCAUGGUCAUGGUCACAGCCACGGAGGUCACGGACAUUCCCACAGUCAUGGGCACGGGCACUCCCAUGGACUAGGUUUAGGUGGAGAUGACUGCACAGAACCGUCACAACCGGUAAAUUCUUCACAGAACCAGAUUCUUAAAGGUGUAUUCCUGCACAUCCUUGCGGACACACUGGGCAGUGUUGGAGUGAUCAUCUCUGCGUUCCUGAUGCAGCAGUUUGGCUGGAUGAUCGCUGAUCCCAUCUGUUCCAUGAUCAUAGCCACACUUAUAGGCAUGAGUGUGAUCCCGUUGAUACGUGACUCCGUCAGUAUCCUGAUGCAGAGGACACCGUAUGACCUGGACCAUCAACUGCCAGCCUGCUAUCAAAGAGUAAUGGGACUUGAGGGAGUUUACAGUGUACACGAACCCCACUUCUGGACCCUCUGCAGUGACGUCUACAUCGGCACAGUUAAGGUCGAGGUUUCUCCUGAAGCUGACGCCAAAUACAUCCUGAGUGCCACACAUAACAUCUUCACACAGGUUGGUGUGAGACAACUCUACGUGCAAAUCGACAGGGCGGAAAUGUGAUGAGGAACGGACCAUUGUGGAGUGGGGGAGGACAGGUUUCUAUUUCAUCAUCCUCAUACGAACAAGUGAAAUAGCCUAGUUUUGGGGUCAGCUUAAUGCAGUUGUUAAAGCUUUUAUUUUAGAUCUCAGAUAAGGUUUUUGUCCAAAAAACCUCUGUGGGUUGAGCCACAUUGUCUAAUUUUUGAAGAUUACUUUGUGGUAAAGUGUUUUAGGGGGAAGCUUAAGACAACAACAUGUCCAGUAUUGUUCUUUUGUGGUCCUAUAAGAGAGAAACCACUCACUGAAUUUGAUGUGUAAAUGGAAGAAAAAUGCACCACCAUCCCCCAACAAAUUUUGCAUGUUUUUCCUGUCUGCAAGAAAAUUAAGUGGAGUGGAGACACAGAACGUUUGUGUCAAUGUCAGCAAUGUGUUUAAGAAAUGGACCAAAGUCCUGAUACUAACACAUAAAGCUCAUCCUCUCUAAAUUGUCAUUUUGGUCAGACAUACCAUCUCAAAAAUUAGAUCAUGUGGUUCAAGAAAGUUAUGUUAUGUCAAUAUCUUUUAAUGUGAAAAGUGCCCAAUGUGUAAUUGUAUAAUUAUCAUAAAAUGCUGCCAUUCCUUUUCAUUGUACAGACUUAAUUAAAGUGUUAUAAUUCCUUUAUGUAUAAAUGCAGUCUUCAGAAUAGUUUACACAAUGUCAUGACAAUUUCCAAUAGCGUUAUCAUGUUAUACUAGACUAGUAUAUUCUGAAAUCGAAAUGAAAAAUGAAGAACUACUUAACAUUCAAUUAUUUUAGUUUCAUUUUAAAAAGGAGGGCAGAUGAUGACACAAAGUUAAUAAAGAAGUAACUGUGUUAAACACAGGUAACAUGAAGAGUUCACUUUAUUAUUUAUUAGUUUACUGCACAUCAUACUAAACAGCUGCGUCUACAGGCUUUUAGUACAAAGUUACAUGUUUUGUUGUUGCAAAGAGCAUAUUAGUUUGUUUUUUUUGCAGUUGAAAACCUAAGUACAGACAGACAUGAAAACUCUGGUGGAAAGUAGGAAAUUCAGUAAAUUUGUAUCACUGGAUAACCUCUACCAGGCUCCAGAAGCAUACUAGUCAGUAUUUGUGUAUCAUUUGACUUGAAGAUACAAUUACUGGUAAUACAUGUAUCAUAAUUUUGAUUCAGACCCUCUACAUGUACAGUGUAUUGUUGAGAGCUGCUUGUAAGAACUUAAGUGAAGCCAUUGCUGCAAUAGACUCUGAUCCUACAUUCCUAUGAUGAACUACAUUUAUCCUUCUGACACUGUGACAUAAGUGUAAAAUUUGAGUUUGCAUUCCUUUGACAAUGUCAGCUUUCUAACAAGGGAUAGGAGUUGGGAGAGUUGAGUAAAGAUUAGCUUGUUUGUGUCCUUAUUGCUAACAUUAUUGCAAAUCAUUCCCCAGUCCCUGAGAAAAAGUGAGAUUAUCGUACUUGGGGGGAGGGGAGAGACUUGCCAAAAUUGAUGUGUGUGUGGCUGUAAUGAAAGUACUUGACGAUUGUCGAAGUGUGGACACAAGGGCCAUAUGUACAAUGAAACACAGUAACAAUGUCUGAAUCAUUGUAAACAACAUGACAGUUGCAGGAAUUUGACAUAUAUAGCUGUAUGCAGUAUUGGCCAAGAUUGUUAGGCCACACCAAUUUUGAUGUCCUUGGAUCUGGAACAUUUUCAAGCAAAGAUUAAAUUUUAGUAAAAUGGCUGGAAGAAAACUGCAUCUCAGACUGUAUUCAGUCCCCAGAACUGUGUCAACCAAAGUUAGUCACUGACGAAAAGUAGUUGAUUCUACCUGAAAUGUCUGACCAAACAGUUACUUGAGUAACAGAUUUCUUAUGUAUCUCAUUACCUGGAUGUGACUUGGUAUAAUCUUCAUUGAUGUGUCGACCAAGGUACAGACUUUCCCCAGUAUUUUUACAGAAUUCCAGAGCCAACAAAUCUUAUUGGUGUGGCCUAAGGUUACUUUGUGGAAGUGUUUGAAAGUUUCACUCAAGUCAUGCCAUGUCUUUAUUUGUUAGCUAUGGGUUAAACCAUAAGAAAAUAUUUGAGGAGGAAGCUGGAAGAAGAAAAAAACAUCUUGGCAUUCCAGACUCUCAGACAUGUUCCUUACAUGUACCUAAGAUUUUAUCAUGUCAGCAGUAUUUAGUAAAGUCAUCAGUGGAAAAUA